ACCUGAUAAGAUACAGUUUCACUGAAUCACUCACACGCACCCUUUCAUUUUUAAAUCAGAGACUUGUUUAAUGUUAAGAAUGCACAGAGACACAUAGCAGUAGCACCCUGUAUGGCAGAUUCCUGAGUUGAAUAUUGGCAAUGAGCUGGAACCAUGGUGCGAGGGAAGCAGUUCACAGACAUCACCAAACACCAAGUUGUCCAAAACAACCAUAUCAUGACGAUGAUAUUCGAUGCCAACUUUGUGACACUUUGAGUGAAGUAUAUUCCUCUUGUCUCCCUCGGCAACUUGGCUAUAUAUAUGAAGCAUAUGGUAGCAGCAAGUACAUCAUUGUAAUAGUCUCAGUUGUCUAAGAAAGAAAUUUGACUUGCAAUGGCUACAAACAUGAAAACAUCACACAGUCGCUCCAAUAGUGUGCCCUCUGCACCUCACCCUCUCAUAUCACAACAUGAUGAGCACUUGAACAGAUUGAAGGCUUCUGAAGCCACCUCCUCAUCAUCAAUAAGCAGUAAACUCAAUGUUUUGCAUGCUUUGCAUGAACUUACUGACAAGAUUCUUCAAUUGCCAACCAUACAACAAGCCAUGGCACAAGAAUCCUGCAAAACAUGGGUUGAUGAAUUACUAGAAGGGUCUCUGAGGCUCCUUGAUAUCUGUAGUACUGCCAAGGAUGUCCUGCUAAAAUCUACAGAAAGCAUAAAUGGACUUCAGUGCAGGAGGAGAGGUGGUGAAGAAGCAUUCAAAGUUGAGGGUGGCAAAUACUUGUCAUCAAGGAAGAAUGCAAAGAAGACUAUUCAGAAGGCCUUUGAAAAAUUCAAGGGAUUUAAGAAGGGUAUCGUUUUAACUUCCUCUAACACAGACAAUGAGACUUUGUCAAUGAUCAGCAAAUUCAAAGAAGCUGAAACUGUCUCUUUGGUUCAACUCGAGUCUUUGUUAUCUUUUAUGUCUGGCUCAGGAGGAAAACCAAAAGACAGAAGGUGGUUGAUUUUCUCCAAGUUGAUGCAGCUUAAUAGAGUAUACUGUGUUUUUGACCAAUCAAACACAAAUGAAUUUGAGGAGGUGGAUACAGCAUUGCAGUCUCUCUUUCACAAGACUUGCUGUAAUGUUUCUGUUGAGAUUUUCCAAAAUCAUAUGGAAAAUUUGGAGUUGUGCAUUCAGGGUCUGGAGGCAGGAAUUGAGCGCCUUGAAAGGCAACUGAUUAGGACAAGAGUUUCUCUUCUCAACAUCUAUAAUCACUGAAUUCAUUUUGACCUUAUUGAUUGAGCAUUUGACUCGUUAUGAGUAUCACAUACUUGUACAUGAUUGUUACUAAGAGUUUACUAAU